AUGGAACUUUCUUCGGUUAGAGUAGCUGAGGAGGCUUUGAAAUAUUUCUCAACUACAAUUCGAUCCAUCAUUCAAUCGGUGGAACAAGUUGUGGCCGACAAGGGGGUGGAGGAAUUCACCAAGAAGAACCUGGGCAUGCUCUUGGGAAUGUUCAAGGCCUAUGAACAUUUGUGGCGUGCCUGUGAAAGUGGCUCGGAACAAGAAAACUUGGAAUUUCUUAAACACAUUUCCAUCUCUGAAAAAAACAAUUUACAAUUCCAGGAAACACUUGAGGACUUUUUCAACUCGGAGGUGGAGUAUGAUAAUUUGCUUGAUAAAUUGGAUACGAUGCUCAAUCCCUUCCCAAAUAUUGAUGGGAACAUUUUAGAUUUCCAACUGCAAACUUUGGCAGAUCCAGAUUCAAGGCCAAACAUACGUGACAUCGUUGAAGGGUCGAAUUUCACGUGGAUGGAGAAGGUGGCUGCAUUGGGAUGUAAAGUGAUCAUCGUCUCGUUCGGUGAAAGGGAAGGAGCUUUACGGUGGAAAAAUGAUACAAAUUGUCCAUUUAACAUAUAUCUGGACCAGGACCGGAAACUUUACUUUGCUUUAGGAAUGCAUAGGUCAUUAGCAAAGUGUUGGAGUCGCAGCACAAAUUCAUUUUACGUUGGAGCGAUGCUUACAGGGAGGAAAUUGAUAACUCCUUAUCCGGACAUAAAGGAUGAUCCGCUGCAGAUGGGUGGGGAUAUUUUGCUACAACAGAAUGGAAACUUUGUCAAGAAGUACUUGAGCCAAUUUCCAGCAGAUAGGCCAGCACUUAAGAGUUUCACUGAUAAAAUGCAAACCGGAAGUUAA